AUGCUCGAGCGUCUGUCCCGCCGCUCUCGAUCCAUGCUUUCUCUGACAUUAACCUCUUUGGCUCUGGCCCUGUCCAUCCUGGCUCUCUGCACCUCCUACUGGUGUGAGGGCACCCACAAGGUGGUCAAGCCUCUCUGCCUGUCGCCUGUCAAAAUGAAGAACUGUGGUCAGAACAACAGUGAGCCUUACACAACAGAGAGCCCCACACAAAACCCUUUCAACCGGACACUGUCUCCAGCCAGAAGAGAUGAGCUGGACAAGAUCAGACAAAGACAGCUGGCCAAUGCCGUACACUACAUCUGGGAGACAGGGGAAGACAAGUUUGCCUUCAGAUAUUUCCAUACAGGCUUCUGGGAAAGCUGUGAAAAGCAGAAUGAUGGAGAGGUGUGUCGCAGCUUUAUCGACUUAACUCCAGGGGAAACACAAGGUGUGCUUUGGCUGUCGGUUAUUUCUGAGUUUACAUAUAUUGGCCUGCUGGGGAUGGGCUUCUUACUGAUGUGCCUGGAAGUCAUGUGCUCCCAUAAAGAGAUGCACGCACUAAAAAUCAAUGCCUUCGCAGCUAUUUGUACUGUGCUAUCAGGUCUUCUUGGGAUGGUAGCACAUAUGAUGUUCACCACAGUAUUUCAGAUGACAGUCAUCGUGGGCCCUAAAGACUGGAGGCCUCAGUCCUGGGAUUACGGCUGGUCAUUUGCCCUUGCCUGGGUAUCUUUUAGCUGCUGCAUGGGGGCUGCUGUCGUCACACUCAACUCCUACACGAAGACCAUCAUUGAGAUCCGUCGCAGGCAAAGACUCCGCUUGGACGAAGCAAGAGCUGCUGCUCGGGCCCCGUCAUAUGACGAAGUGGUUCCAGGAGGAGGGUUGUACUCCGUCAGCGGCCUGCUGCACUGUCCGGAUGGGAUGAUUGAUGUGGCAUGGGCCCCGAAUGGUAGCGUUGUCGGAGUGGGAAAUGGGGACGUGCCAACACUGGUUUUAGUGGGAGGCUGUGGCCCAGAGGGGUGUGAGGACUGCGAGCGUGAGAGGGACCAGAUGGGAGUGGUCUUGGAUCGGAUUGAUUCACCUUGUUAGGAGGGCCAGCUAUUCACAUAAACUAAAAGGGCAAAAUAAAUAAAUAAAACACUGCAUUGCUGCAGUGAUCAGAGAUGCUGGUUUGCUUUGACUUUUGAUUCCUUGGAACACAUUUAUGAGUCAAAGGUCAAACAAAUUGCUAAACAGAAGUGGAAAGUGGGUGUUGAAUUGAGUCGCCAACUGAUUUAAAAUGGAGGCUUCUUGCCUUAUGACUUGCACUGAGAGAAACAUCCAACGUUCACUUUGCAUCAACCUAUAAUGUCUGCUGUGUGACUGCAAAUAGCAACUGACUGCUUGUUUCCAAGAUUCAGGUAUAUUUGGAGUUUGAAAAGGUCUAUCG